AUGGCCACACGUCACGAUGACAUCGGAGCCAAUAUUCAUGAUCCAAAGAUUUGGAACGUGAAUGAUGCCGUCCGCGCUGCUGUUGCCAAACUUCCUACACAAAUUUGUGAAGCGUCCAAAGUCAAGCUGAGCCAGAGGAAGGUGGUACCAAGUCAUCGUCACUGA